GAUUCUGUUCGCUACAUUGCUGAUUAGCCCAUUGCUGUGGUGAGAGCGCAUCGUGCGGGGCUGCUGCCGCCCUCCUCUCGUGUGUGAGACUUCAGGCUACACUGUGACCAGAGAAGUUGCAAGCAACAGUUUGAAACACUAGCAAGAUGCCACCUGCAAUUGGAGGACCUGUGGGUUACACACCACCCGAGGGAGGCUGGGGGUGGGCUGUGGUUUUGGGAGCCUUUAUAUCCAUUGGCUUCUCUUAUGCCUUUGCCAAAUCGAUCACAGUGUUUUUUAAAGACAUAGAAGUAAUAUUUGGAGCAACAAGUAGUGAGGUCUCGUGGAUUUCUUCAAUUAUGCUGGCUAUGAUGUAUGCUGGAGGUCCCAUAAGCAGCGUGUUGGUGAACAAAUUUGGAAGCAGACCCAUCAUGAUUGCUGGUGGCGUUCUUGCAGGCAGUGGUUUAAUCGCAGCCUCGUUCUGUAACACUGUGACUGAACUAUAUUUCUGUAUUGGUGUUGUUGGUGGAUUUGGUCUGGCUUUUAACUUGAACCCAGCACUAACAAUGAUUGGAAAAUAUUUCUUCAAAAGGAGACCAAUAGCUAAUGGAAUUGCCAUGGCUGGAAGCCCUGUAUUUUUGUCAACACUUGCUCCUCUGAAUCAAUACUUGUAUAGCUUCUUUGGAUGGCGUGGAAGCUUCUUGAUCUUGGGUGGGCUUCUGCUGAAUUGUUGUGUUGCAGGUUCCUUAAUGCGUCCCAUUGGACCAAAACCAGAGGACACAAAGAAAAAAGUGACCAAGGAGGUUUUGGAAGAAGCGGGAAAAUGUGCCUCCAAAGAAGAUGGUGAUGCUAACAAAGAUCUGAUUGAUGGCAAAGCAAAAACAAAGCCAACCUUUUUUCAGACACUCAACAAAUAUUUGGACUUUUCUCUUUUUACUCAUCGGGGAUUUUUGAUUUACCUUUCUGGCCACACUAUUAUGUUCUUUGGACUUUUUGCACCUCUAGUCUUUCUCAGCAAUUAUGCAAAAAGCAAGGGCAUUUCAAAUGAGUCUGCUGCCUUCUUGCUUUCGAUACUUGCGUUUGUAGAUAUGUUUGCAAGACCAUCCAUGGGCUUUGUAGCAAAUACCAAGUGGGUAAGACCCAGGAUGCAGUAUUUCUUUGCCGUUGCUGUGCUUUAUAAUGGUGUGUGCCACCUUCUGGCUCCAUUAUCAACAGAUUAUGUUGGCUUCGCUGUAUAUGCUGCCUUUUUUGGAUUUGCUUUUGGUUGGCUCAGCUCUGUCCUUUUUGAAACAUUGAUGGACUUGGUUGGUGCACACAGGUUUUCAAGUGCUGUUGGACUGGUAACAAUUGUAGAAUGUUGCCCUGUCCUCCUUGGACCACCCCUUUUAGGUAGACUUAAUGAUAUAUAUGGAGACUACAAGUACACCUACCAAGCUUGUGGAAUAGUGCUGAUCUGUGCGUCAAUCUACCUCUUCAUUGGAAUGACCAUCCACUACAGACUCCUUGCAAAAGAGCAAAAAGCUGAAGAGAAAAAGAAAAGCCAGGAGGCCAACGGUGGAGAAUCCGAACACAAAGACAAAGAACUUGCAGUCCUUCCUCAGAAUUCAGAUGACGUAGUGAAAGAGGAGGAGAGCAACAUAUGAGACUGUGGCUUGGAUCGGUUGGACACGAUCAAGACAUGACACUGAUUCUGCACAAUAGUCUCACUUUGGGAUAGAAUUUAUUUUUAAGCCUUAUUCAAACCAAUUUUUUUUUCCCUAGCUGAUCUAUGGAACCAUUUCAUCAGACAAACUAAACGUUGCAAUCUUAAUUCUUCAGUAGGCUGGAACAGUAACUUGUGCCUUAAUGCUGUUAUUCACAAAUCCAUUUUACUUUCCCCCUUUCCAAAGGAACUUUCUUUUAAACCUAAUUUUUUAUUUUUUUUUGUUUAGAAUUUUUAUAUUUGACUAAUGUGGCCAUGCAGAAGCCACAUGCUAAGAGGUUUUAAUUUAACAGGAAUAAGUGGACAAAACGUAUAGCUCACUCACACGCAACGCUUGGCUUCUGUCUUCCAAGGACUGCUUCUACAAUACAUCAAACAUUGGAAAUGAUCUUCAGGGCCUUCACUGGCAGGUUUCUGAAUGGAUCAUGGCAGAGAAUCUGAUCUCGCAUAAAAUAUUUUUGUAACGCUUCUGUUUAUAGCUGUGUGGAUGUAUUGUUGUUCCAGUAUUAAUGUCUGCAUUGCCAUAGAUGGCUGCAGCUCUUGUAGAAUCUUCCAGCCGCUGAAGAGGCAGUCAUGUUCUGUCCUCCCACUGUCACCGUGAAUGAGUUCCAAACAUACCGUUUUAUUAAUGACUGGCCAUCUUACUUUUAAGUGUUAAAGCCAGUUCUGAUAAUUUUUAAUUUUUUUAUUUAAUUUUUUUUUAUUUUUUUUAAAAUCAUGUUAAAAAUCUGACCAGAAUGUUGCUUUCAUUAUGAGUGGCCAGUGACGUGUGUUUUUGCUUAAUGAUGUACUGGGCUGAUAGGAUGAAGUGUAAUUUUAAUUUAUGAGCUGUAUAGCUAUAGGAAACAAUUGCUUUUUAUCUUUUUGUCUUAUAAUCAAGGCAGCCUUUAGACAGGGUAUAUGUGCCUGUUAACACAAAAUUGUACCUCUUAAUGUUAGAAUGCAUGUACCGUCACAUUCGGGAAGCCUGUUCUCCUAAGCUGAACACUAGAAAGUUUUCUGUCCUUUGCCGGUAUUUGUUCCAUUUUUUUUUUUUUUUUUUGUAAAUUCUGAUAGGAGAACAGAUCUUGCAAAUGCCAGUGUGCAUGCAGUCUAAUGUGGUCUGUUUUUUCCGAGUGACUGAAUUUGUUGGUUUUGAAACCAUCAGCCCUAAUAUUUAGGGUGACUCCUAUUAAGAUAGAAGUUGAGAGCUAUUCUAGUGGCAAAUAAGGGUCAAGUUCCUCUAACUUUAUUUAUAAUUGAGUUAUUUCAACCUGUCCUCCACCCCAGUGUUUCCCUGCCAUAACAAUAAAUGAUAUGUAAACUAGUCCCUCUGCUUCUUCCAGGACCACACCUGCCCAUGGGUUGUGCCUGGUAUUGCUUCUUUGCCUCAACGAAGAUAAAGAUGUUGAUCUGUAAUACCACAUCCAACUGUUGGACAAGUGUGGUGCUGUUUUUGAUAGAAAUCAGUCUGUCUAAUUAUGUACAGCGUUUUUAAAGCUUUUGCUGAAAGUCUGAAAUUUCAGAUGUGUGCGUUACCCCCCCC